CUCUUCCGCUGAUAAAUCUCCACUUUUCUUUCUUAGGGUUUCUGGUUAACCCAUGAACACCUACACAAAUCUCCUUCAAUCAUAGACAGCAGAGCCGCAGUGACUCCAAUAUUCGCUCUUUCCCCUUUACAGAAAAAGAUCAUCAUUUCUGGAUUCUAAACAAUGAUUCAGAGACCCCAGAAGCAUACCCCUAUAUAGUAGUAAAAGUAAUUGCAGUCUUGAGCAUGAAAUGGGAGAGAACCAUCAACAGCAGCCAGUGUUUUCUGCGAACCAAAGUCACCAAUACAACCACCAACAACCGUACAUCUUUCAAGAAACUCAAAACUUACAAACAAUCCCAGAUUUUUUCCACUAUCAUCAUCAUUUUCAAGCUCUUUUGCAGCAGCAAAGGAGGCUGCAGGACCAGCUGCAGCAGUGUGUUUUAGGUCAAGAAAAUGUUGUUAGUACUAGUGCCACCACGGCUGCGGUUGCCGGCAACAAUAUCAGGCCCUCAGUUUCAUUUUUCCCGCUGAACUUCAAGCCGCCGGAUCUCAAUGAGAAUAUUACUAGUAGUAAAAAUGGAGGUUUGGAUGAUGAUGGAUCAGAAGAUGAUUUGUUUAGACGGAAUAGUGCUGCUGCUGCUGCCUUGGCUAUGGCAUCCCCACAUUAUUGUUGGCAAAAUCAAGAAGAUUCUGCUACUGCUAUUAGACAACCUUUUUGGAAGCCACUGUGCACCAAUAUCUCGGAUGGGAAUAAUAACUCACAGGACAAAGAAGUGCGGCCGGAAAUGCACCAAAACAAGUACUACAAGUCUUCCGAAGAUACUGAGCAAAUGAAUAGUUCUUUAGAGAACAGUAAGAAUAGACUCUUUGGUGAGCUUGAAUCAAUUUGCAGAAGUGCCUCAGUUGCUAGUGAGGCUAAUAAAACUGGUGGCGCCUCUGCUGGAAACUUGGCUACAACAUUCAGUACCUGCUUGCCUAUCACUCUAGACAAACAUAACACCAAUGCUGGCGCCACUGCUGCUGCGGCUGCCAUUGGGCAUUGUCAUGACGGUUCUGAGUCAUUUAGUGGUCAUGAAGCGCCCGUAGCUGUGGUUUCAAAGAACAAGAAAAGGAAGAAGUUGAAAGAUGAAUUGAGUUCGAUGGCCAUAUUUUUUGAGGGCUUGGUGCAUCAGCUCAUGGACCACCAGGAGGCUCUUCACAGUAAUUUUAUGAAUGCAAUUGAGAGAUUAGAUAAAGAAAGAAGGGAAAGAGAGGACGCUUGGAGGAGACAAGAAUUAGAAAAACUUGAGCAAGACAUGGCUGCCAGGGCCCGUGAACGGGCAUUAGCUUCUAGUAGAGAGGCCUCCAUUGUUUCAUACUUGGAGAAAAUCACUGGCCAAAGUAUUAAACUUCCUCCUAGGAAUCAUCCCUCAGAUUUCCAGCUGGCCAUGAUUUCUUCGGGAGCCAUGAAUGGCGAGCUCAGCCCCAGUACUAGCAAAGUCUGCAGGGAUGAUUUGAGUAUAAACAUGACCAGCAGGAGAUGGCCUAAAGCUGAAGUGGAGGCAUUGAUUCAAAUUCGAAGCAGCUUAGAGCAAAAGUUUCAAAGGCCGGGGAUCAAAGGGCCUCUUUGGGAACAGAUAAGCAAUUCAGUCCGCUUGGAGGUUAGGGGCUUUGAAGCCCCAACUGGCAUUUCAAUCUAG